AUUGAGAUAGAGGUUGUAGACGUCUUCCACUAACAGCCGAUUUUUAUAGUUAAGAAGGCUGAAUACCGAACAUGACGGAGAAAAUUACCAAUGGUUUCCAUGUUACGAACCUGAUUGGUGCGAAUGAUCGUCCCAAGGCGGGUCAGACGGGCACAUUUAAGGUGAAGGCCGGCCUUGCUCAGAUGGCCAAAGGGGGGAUCAUCAUGGACGUCACCAACGCAGAGGAGGCUCGAAUCGCCGAGGAGGCCGGGGCAUGCGCAGUGAUGGCGCUCGAGAGGGUUCCAGCAGAUAUCCGCCGGGACGGAGGUGUGGCCCGCAUGUCGGAUCCCAAGAUGAUCAAGGAGAUAAUGGCGGCGGUGACGAUACCGGUGAUGGCGAAAGCACGUGUGGGGCACUUUGCUGAAGCGCAGAUACUCGAGUCACUGGGGGUGGACAUGGUCGACGAGUCCGAGGUGCUGACUCCUGCAGACGAAACAAACCACAUCAACAAGCAAGCCUUUACAGUUCCGUUUGUGUGCGGUGCACGUGACCUGGGUGAGGCACUGCGCAGAAUCGCCGAGGGAGCAGCUAUGAUAAGAACAAAAGGACUCGCGGGGACUGGUGACGUGGCGGAGGCGGUGCGCCACCAGCGCAUGAUCAAUAAGCAGAUCAAGAUGGCUCAGUCGCUGGACGCAGACGAACUCUACAGCUACGCCAAGGAGCUCCGUGUGCCCAUCGAUCUACUGCAGAAAACUGCGGAGCUCGGUCGUCUUCCGGUGGUGAACUUCGCUGCGGGUGGAAUAGCUACCCCGGCGGACGUGUCUAUGAUGAUGCAGCUUGGAGUGGACGGUGUAUUUGUUGGCUCGGGUAUAUUCAAGAGCUCGGACCCAAAGCCGCGGGCCGCUGCCAUGGCGCAGGCGGUGACCCAUUUCAACGAUGCUAGAAAGCUGGCGGAGUUGAGUACCGACCUCGGACAGGCCAUGCUCGGUGAACCGCGAAACGACGCCAUCAAGAAGUAUUCGAACAACUGGACGCGCGGGGAAGCGGACCAAUCCAAGAUAUGGAACGCCACGCUCGGGACGCCGCAAAACCACGCGUCUUAUUAGAUGUGAGGGCGCGAGGGGGGGGGGGUAGGGGGUUAGUUAUUGUUCAGUCAGCGGAUGUUAUUUAUAGUUAAAGCUGAAUAUAUGUUUACAUGUGUAUACGUAUAAUGUUAACCGAUACAUAUUAAGUAUGAUUUUAUGAUUUUCAUUACGAUGAUGGGACAGAAUGUGUGCUUUAUAAGUGUUAUGAAUGCAGUAUGUGAACGGACCAGCACAAUUUUGAAAACUGAAUUAUCUUAUAGAUGCUUCAAAAUACUGUAUAUUUUAAAUGUUUGUACAUAACUCGUGAAUGCACAUUUGGUUUCGUUUAAGUUUUGAUUACAUAUUAACACUUGCUAUGUGUGUAUAUAUGUAUAUGAUUAAAAUCUGUACUAUGUCA